UACGCCUGCCCAUAAGAAUAUGCAACUAUUUUGUACUCCGUAUUAACCCAAGAUCCGGCCCGAAUCCGUAGGUCUAAUUACAAUCUCAUGGGAAUUUAAGGAGGAAACGAAACAAAUCACAGUAAUAAACUCCCAAAUUAAAUUUGGAUCUUCGCCAAUAGGGAGGGGAAGCCAAAUACGCAAUCAAGAGCUCCGAAAAAGCAUUGUUUCGAUUUAAUCCGUCUUUUCGAUUAAACCCUAGAAACUAGGUUGAAGAAUCACAGCUACAAUGAGGCUUAAAUGUCGGUGCAAAGUGGAGGUAAUGAACAGCUUGGAGGGGACAAAUUCAUGGCACACUGCAGAGGUACUUUCUGGGGAUGGACGUACCUACACUGUGAGGUAUGAUUCUUGUUCGAGGUUUGAAAAUUCCUCAAUGGAGGUCAGGGUCCCUAAGAAGUUUAUUAGGCCUUACCCUCCUCCCGUCCAAAGUGGAGAAAUUUGGCAAGUUAGUGACCUUGUUGAGGUGUGCUCAUGUGAUGAUGUCUGCUCGUGGAAAGCUGCUCGUGUUCUCAUGAUUUUGGGAGGAGAUCGUUAUUUGGUGAGACUGCUUGGAUGCUCACAGGAAAUUUCCAUCCACAAAUCACGCAUGAGAAGGCGACAAUGUUGGAAAGAUGGAAAAUGGUUUUUGCUUCCUAAGGAUUCUGGAAGUUAUGGACACAUCAAAUAUCGUGAACCACCAUCUGAUUGUUGGACUAAUAUUAAUGGAGGAAGUGACCAUGUUGCCUUUGAGGACAUCACUAGAUUACAUGACUCUCAUGUGAUCUCUUCAAGAUCCCUUAAGAGGAUGUCUCCACACUACUCGUCUGCUGGUGAAACAUACCCUCAGGAAUUUGGAGCCCUUGGAACAAAUUGCAAGAGACGGAAAAUAAAUUCACCACAAUCACGUAAAAAGGGACACUGGUCGAUGCGUCCCUUCUCCCAUAGUUCAAAGGGUGAUUCCCGUGAGUUACCAGACGUUCUAAUGGAACAUACAACAGUACAUUACAUCCGUGCAAUUUCCCAUACCAAUAUUGCCAAUCACUGGUAUUACUAUAUAUUCUAUUGGGUGUUAUACUUAAAAUUCAUGCUGUGGAGGAGUACUUUAAUUACUCUGUAUUUUCUUCAAAAGGUAAGCUGAUAUCGCUAACUUGUAUCUCCCAAGGUACACCUUGUCUUGCUUAUUACAGAGUUAUAAUUAUUGAUGCAAGGAUGCUAUUACUUUGUUUAUCUGGAUAACUAGAUGUUACAGUUAUUCUGCUGAUUAUGGAUACAUUUGAAACUCAAUGAUACAAUUCUGAAAUUGCCACCUAAUUUUGUUUAUCUGGACUAGUGAACUAUUACCUACAAACAGUGACAAGGUUUUUUUGUUGUUGCAAACUCAUUUUACUGUUUAAUUAUAUGGCAUGAACUAGAAUUACUUUUCUCUCCUGCGCAACAUGCCUGCUUUACAUUCGUA